CUGCGCCUAGAGCUGCUCUUCAGACUUGAAAAGUACUUGCCCGUGUUCGGGGUCUGCGGUCAGACCAGCAUCUCCUGCAGGGUGGUGAAGGGGAAGGUAGUGGAGGAAGGCAAGUGGCCGUGGCAAGUGAGCAUCCUCUUCCUGGGCAUGUAUGUCUGCAGCGGCUCCCUCUUUCAUGAGCAAUGGGUCCUGACAGCCGCUCACUGCUUAGAAAGAUCCAAGAACGAAAGUGACUACUUGGUGAAAGUGGGAACCCAGCACUUCUCUGAGAAUGGCACUCAGUGCCUGGUCACUCACAUCGUGAUCCACCGGGGCUUCGACAAUCUCGCCUCCCAGGACAUUGCCCUCCUGAAGCUGCAGACGCCCGUGGUUUGGUCCCGCCAUCUCCAGCCCGUCUGCCUCCCCAGUGCCAACUACAAGCCACCCUCUGGCUCCUUGUGCUGGGUCAUUGCGUGGGGAAAGGUGGGGAAGCAAGGGACCACAGCGUUGUCCUCAGAGACCCAGAUGCCCAGCCUCUACAAUCUUCACGAGGUGUCGGUCAGGAUCUUACCCAACUACAUGUGCAAUCAGAAAUACCGAUUCCUCGUCAAGAGGAGCCAGCAGCAAUUCAUCGGGAACGACAUGCUGUGUGGCAGCUUGGAGCGGGGUGUGAAAUACUGUCAGAGUAACUCUGGAAGCCCCCUCGUGUGCGAGGUGAACAAGACCUGGAUCCAGGUGGGGUUGGUGAGCUGGGGCUUCAGCUGCAGCAGGUCCCGGUUACCAAGCAUCUACACCAGCACUUCCCACUUCAACCAGUGGAUCAAGAGCCAGGUCAACGACGUGAAGUUCAUCAGCCGAGCUGGCUCUGCCUUCCUGAACCCCAUCGUCCUCACGGGCUACAUUCUGCUGGUCUCCUUGGGGUCCCUAUGGCUCCUGUGAGCAGAGGACACUCCUGGGGGCGGCUUCCCUCUCUCCUCUGUUCUGCCCUUAGGAGAAGGAAGGGGAGACCAGAGAGACAUGGGCCAUCAGGGCAAGGUAUCCAUGGGGGAGGGUUCCAGAGCUACUGUCUUCUCUAUCGUCCACAAAGAUGCCCUUGAACACCAAGCCAAUGAAGUCAUCUUUCUUCUCUA